AUGACCGAUGUGGCGUUGAUUAAGAUUGGGGCAGCGGUGACCUUGACGGCCGCUACUGUCCUAGGGCUGUGGACGCCUUUUCUGUGCGUGCGGAAGACCAUAGAUAACACAUCACCCCGGCCCCAUGUGCAACUCAUGGAGAUGUCGCGACUGUUGUCGCUGGCGAAUUGCCUCUCGGCUGGUUUGUUGAUUGCAAUGGCGCUGGUACAUUUUAUGCCGGAUGCCAUCGUGACGGCAGGGGAUGCCGUGUCCCCGACAGUAAUCUGCGCCACUCUUAUGCUCGGCGUUCUUAUUCCAGCCGUGAUUGAACUUGGUACCGUUGACGACGUGACACACAGUGGGCACGGCUUGGGCCUCAUGCACGAGGGUCAUCGGCGACGAUUGCUGAUGUCAUUUAUUAUGCUGCCCAUGUGUCUUCACGCCGCGGUGGAGGGGGUCCUACUGGGGCUUGAGGGCUCAACCUCUGCUCUCUUGGGCUCUGCGAUACCUAUCUUUAUUCAUCGCUUUUUUGACGGUGUUGUCGUCGGAGUCUGUAUUGCAAAGGACCUCUGCGUCGAAAUGGAGGAGCUUGAAGAGGUGGCGCCGCCCAAUGCCACUGAAAACAGCGCCUGCGGUGAGCUUUAUGCAAUGUUUAGGCGUCGCUUAGGGAACUGUUUUAUCAUUUUAUGGCUUGGCGUGAUGCCGGCCGUUCUUAUCCUGUGUGUGGCGCUUACCGAUAACUCCGGUGUUGAUGGUGCGAAUACGUCACUCGAGAACACCAGUCUGAAGUGCUCUACGAAUGCUGCCGGGGGCAGCCUGGGCUCACGCAGUUACAGAGGGAAUUUGUGGCUGGCACUGGCCCGAGCUUUGGGCAGUGGCUUCUUUCUUUUUGCCGGCCUUGUAAUACUUAUGCGGGAGGAGCUGCAUGAAGGACGGGCAGGUGUGGCCCUCUCCGUGGGGGUCUUGCUCACCUCACUUUUAACUGCCAUGAAUGCCCAUUGA